AUGUUUUUCUCUACCUUUGUGUAUGGAGACCCGGAUAGAGGAACACGGAAACGUAUGUGGGAGUACUUAACAGAUCUAGCUAUUAUCAGAGAUUCCCCGUGGUUCCUGACAGGAGAUUUCAACGACCUGAUUGAUAACUCAGAGAAGGAAGGUGGACCUAUGAGAGCUGAAGGAACGUUUGGUGACUUCCGUACCUUUCUUUCUGAAGGCGAUUGCUCAGAUCACCGCCCUAUAGUCUCUUUCUUUGAUCCGAAGAAAAAGAAAAGUAAGGGACUGUUUAGAUAUGACCGGAGGCUAAAAGAUAAUGAAGAGGUGACAAAGCUGGUGGCAGAGACGUGGUCAGAGAGAGCUGAUAAUACAGUGAACCAGAAGAUAGACUCAUGCCGAAAAGCUAUUGUCCUGUGGAACAAGAAGCAACAACAGAAUAGUCAGAAACGCUUAGAAGAACUAAAAAAAGGGAUUGAUGAGGAGAUGAGCAGCUCCAACCCUAAUGAAACCCGCCUACUUAAGCUCAAUGAAGACUUAAAAACAUCCUAUGCUGCUGAGAAAUCCUACUGGAAACAACGAAGUCGCCAACUUUGGCUAAAGCUAGGAGAUAAUAAUACUAGCUACUUUCAUGCGGUAGCAAGGUCAAGAUUUGCAAUGAACAAAUUCUCAGUUCUAGAAGACGAUAAUGAAAAUGUUAUCUAUGAAGAGGACCAGAUGAUUAAAGUAAUUUCGAACUACUUUCAGACUCUGUUUACCUCGAAGCCGGUUCCUGCGAACCUGAAAAGACAGAUCAUUGAAGCAGCGAUAGAACCAGUCAUCUCUGACGAGAUGAAUCAACUGCUAAUUUCGGAUCCAUCAGAACAGGAGAUUAAAGAGGCUAUGUUCUCCAUUCACCCAGACAAAGCCCCUGGACCUGAUGGCUUCUCCGCCAGUUUUUUUCAAACUAACUGGAGUGUGGUCGGACCGGAUAUCAUCACUGAAGUACAAACUUUUUUCACCUCCGGCAUCAUGCCCCGCAGCUCAAAUGACACACACAUCCGGCUAAUUCCGAAGAUCUUAGCUCCAAAGCGUGUAGCGGAUUAUCGCCCCAUAGCAUUGUGUAACGUCUGUUACAAAGUGAUAUCCAAGCUCCUAUCUAGACGACUUCAACCUCUGCUGGAACUAAUCAUUUCCGAGACACAAUCUGCAUUUGUACCGAAGAGGGCAAUAUCAGACAACGUACUAAUCACGCAUGAAGUCCUACACUAUCUCAAAGUGUCAAAAGCAAAAGUCUCAUGCUCUAUGGCAGUCAAGACAGACAUGAGUAAGGCUUACGAUAGACUAGAAUGGGACUUUAUCGAAUUGGUAAUGCGAAGAUUUGGGUUUCACGAGAAGUGGAUAGACAGAGUUCUCUCAUGCAUUACUAUUGUAUCCUAUUCAAUUCUGUUCAACGGAACACCUAGAGGAAAGAUUGUACCUUCAAGAGGAAUACGCCAGGGAGAUCCUCUGUCUCCAUAUCUUUUCAUAAUAUGCAGCGAGAUUCUUUCAGGUCUCUGCCGUAAGGCUCAAGCUUCAGGCAAACUGGAAGGUCUCAAAGUGGCAAGAGGAAGCCCCCAGAUUAAUCAUCUCCUCUUCGCGGAUGAUACUAUGUUUUUCUGCAAGGCAAACAGUAGAAGUUGUAAGGAACUGAAAAAGAUUCUGGACAAUUACGAGAUGGUAUCAGGACAGCUUAUAAAUCUCCAAAAAUCGUCAGUUACGUUUUCCAGUAAAACACCUCUGGCCACUCGCAAUUUGGUUAAAGGAAUGCUACUUAUUGAGAAAGAGGGAGGUGUUGGCAAAUAUUUGGGCUUACCAGAACAUUUUGGAAGGAAGAAGAAGGAUCUCUUCACGGCAAUUGUUGAUCGAAUUCGUCAAAAGGCAGCAAGUUGGUCCACUAAAAGGCUAUCGAGUGCAGGAAAAAUGAUUAUGCUGAAGAGUGUACUGGCCUCAAUGCCUUCCUACGCCAUGUCUUGUUUCAAACUUCCACAGUCUCUUUGCAAACGUAUCCAAUCGGCUCUCACAAGAUUUUGGUGGGACUCGGACCCUGAAAAGAAGAAGAUGUGUUGGAUUUCUUGGGAAAAAAUGGCAAAACCUAAGCAUCUAGGUGGGCUAGGAUUCAAAGAUAUCAACAAUUUCAAUGAUGCUCUGUUGGCUAAACUAAGCUGGUGCAUACAAAAUAACCCUCUCUGCCUCUUAGCAAGGAUCCUAAAAGGAAAGUAUCAUGCCCAUACCUCUUUCAUGGAAAACUCGAUCCCAAACUCAGCCUCGCAUGGCUGGAGGAGUAUCUGUACGGGCAGAGAACUGCUGAUCAAGAAGCUAGGUUGGGUCAUUGGAAAUGGAAAAAGUAUCAAAGUGUGGGAGGAUCCGUUGCUCUUUUUAAAAACUCCCUGCACACCUAUAGGGCCACCUACACAAGAAGCUCAAAACCUUACAGUCUCAGACUUGUUUUUUCCAAAUUCUGUGAUCUGGGAUCCAGUAAAGUUACAACUAUAUCUCCCUGAGUACAAGGAAUUUAUUCUCACCUUGAAGCCGAGUAGACUUGGGGCUCCUGAUAAAUUGAGAUGGCUCGGAAAUCCCUCUGGCGAUUACUCCACGCGGUCUGGCUAUCUAGCCGCUGCGGAAGCUGAGGAACUUCACCUUCCCUUGACACCUGGCCCGGCAAUGAACUGGAACCAACAAGUGUGGGGUCUUAAAACAUCCCCAAAGGUAAAAGUCUUCAUAUGGAAAACAUUACAAGGAGCCUUACCGGUAGGGACGCAAUUGGAAGCCCGGUGUGUCCCAGUGGAUCCAAAAUGUUGUCGAUGUGGAGAACCGGAAUCUAUACUUCACCUCCUUUUCCAUUGUUCUUUUGCCAAAGCAGUUUGGGAAAAAGCGCUCUUCUCAGAGGACUUCGUCUCGACCGUAUGCAGCACUGUCCGAGAAGGCUUGGCGAUGGCGCGAACAAGAUUAAACCUCCCACCGAUUGGACUUGAUAGAGGCGCCUUAUACCCUUGGAUCUGCUGGGCUCUUUGGAUAGCCAGGAACCAGAAAAUCUUCGAACAAAGAAUCUUCACGAUCGAAGACACGAUCCUAAGAGCUUUUCAGGAUGCAAGGGAAUGGAACCUGGCCCAAGCAGCUUCAUCUCCACCCAUUCCCCCACCAAAUCUCCCAGUUCGACUAGUGAAUCUUCCCACUAGACAACAUUGGAGAAAUUUCUCCUGCUGCACGGAUGCAGCUUGGACUGCUGAAGCUUCUUCUUCAGCUGGAUCCACAGGACUUGGAUGGAUUUUUUCAUUCAACGAAGAGGUCAUCUCUUCUCACUCCUCGGCCCUAUCUUCUAUCUCCUCGGCGCUUGUAGCUGAGGCUCUUGCAAUCAGGGAAGCCCUAACUAUGGCGAGAGACAAAGGCUUUAACUCUCUCACUCUACACUCAGACUUUCAGAUCCUGAUCAAGGCGAUCAUCGCGAAAUCAAGCCUAAUUGAAGUCCAUGGGAUUCUCGAAGACAUCAGACUCAUUGAAUCGGCUUUUGUUUUUCUAAAGUUUAAGUUUAUCCCUCGCCGUUUUAAUUUCGGAGCUGAUUCUAUAGCCAAACAGGCUCUAAGAAACUUUAACUCUGUGGCGAUUUAA